AUGGCUUGUUGUCACAAGGUAAUGAUACUGCUGGACACUGCGGGCGGCUCCACUCGCCAGAGCCCGGUUCGGCGGGCCGCCCUGCGACUCCUCACCUACUUGAGUUGCCGAUUCGGCCUGGCUAGGGUCCACUGGGCCUUCAAGUUCUUUGACUCGCAGGGGGCGCGAAGUAGACCUUCCAGAGUGCCUGACUUCCGCGAGCUUGGGGCCCGCUCCUGGGAGGACUUCGAGGAGGAACUAGAGGCCAGGCUUGGGGAUCUUGCCCUCGGCGCCCAUCUGCCAGGUCCCGCGCCCAGGGUCACCCACACGCACAGCGCUCUGAUGGAGACGCUGCUGGAUUACCAGUGGGACCGGCCCGAGAUUACGUCGCCUACAAAGCCGUUCCUGCGGAGCAGCGGGAGGAGACUGCUGGACGUGGAGAGCGAGGCCAAGGAAGCCGAGACUGCUCUUGGCGGCUUUGUGAAUGCAGUCUUCCUCCUGGCCCCGUGUCCACGUUCGCAGAGGGAGCUGUUGCAGUUCGUGUCUGUAUGCGAGGCCCAGGCCCAGCGCUUGCCACCCACCCCUAAGCAGGUAAUGGAGAAGUUGUUGCCCAAGAGAGUCCAGGAAGUCAUGAUCGCCCGAAAAAUCACCUUGUACUGGGUGGAUACCACCGAAUGGGCUAAGUUAUGGGAAUCCCCAGACCACCUUGGGUUCCAGACAGUAUGUGAACUUCUCCACCAUGUUGGCGGUACUAUCUUGCCAUCUGAAACUUUCAGCCAGGAAUUUCCUAAAGGUGGGCAAACACUACUCCAUGGUGAAAGAAAGCUAUCAAGUGACACUAACCUCUCUCCAUGGAUUUCAGCUUUACCAGCUGAUUCCACUUUAAACUGUUUGCUCUACAAUUCUCAUGAAUAUGAAGUAUCAUUUCCACGGAUAGAAGGAAUGUUAUUUCUCCCUGCUAAAGGCAAAGAGAUUCAAGAAACAUGCAUAGUUACCCUAGAGCCCUUGACCAUGUAUCAGAGCCAUUUUAAGAAACCGGUCAGAAUUGUUCUAAAAGGCCCAGUCAUCCAUUGGGCUCUCCCAACGAGCAGCACUUUGGGCACUGAUAUCUGGAUGUUACAGAGUCCUGAAGAUGACAGAUCAAGUCAAAGGUUGUUAUUUCACCAGCUGUCAAGUAUGCUGACUGCUGAAGACUUACAUCUGGUUGCCAGUGUGGAUCCUGGUGAAGGCUGGCCCCCUCUCACUGGAGUUAUUUCUCCCUUCUCCACCAAUGCUGCAAUUCUCACUGUGUUCCGUACCAAGGAUGUUGAAUUUCAAAGACAUUUUCUCCAAAAGGUUGUGCCAGAGAGCCCCCAGGAUACACUUUCUCUUUUCUCCGAUAUCACAAAUGAUGUAUUGAAGUGGAUUCAUAAUUCACUUGAAGAUCCUGCUCCUCCUGCCUCUCCUGUUCCAGAGUGGGCCCAGCAGGAGCUUGGCUGCACCAUUCCCUGGAGUACAGCUGUCUCUGAGAAGUGGUUUACUUUCUCCAACCUCAGUGGUGCCAGUUCAAAUUUAAUGGAAUCAUUCUGGUUACUACAGGCUGCUUCAGCUAAUAAGGAAGAAUCUUCCAAAACUGAAAAUGAAUUAACACGUUGCCUCUCCGAGUUCUACCAGAGAAAAUCUCAUGAAGAAUCUGCAUUAGUUAGUCAGGAAGACAGCAGAAGAAAAAGAGGUGUCCCACGUACUCCAGUCAGGCAGAAGAUGAAUACCAUGUGCCGUUCUUUAAAGAUGUUGAAUGUUGCAAGGCUCAAUGUAAAGGCUCAGAAGUUACAGCCGGAUGGCAGUCCAGACGCAGCUGGGGAAAAAGGGAUCCAAAAGACAGCCAGUGGAAGAACAGCAGAUAAAUUGGAAGACAAAGGAAGAACAUUAAGAAGUUCUAAACCUAAAGAUUUUAAAACCAAGGAGGAGCUGCUAUCUUAUAUACAUGAAAUUUAUCAAAAGACUGUGGCCACUGGAGAAAUCCCGUUGUAUUCAUGUGCUCAGAACAUGAUCUCAACAUUUAAAGCAUUCCUAAAAUCCAAAGGCACCAAGGAAUUGGAGAUGAACUGCUUGAAGCAGGUAAAAGAUAACCUCUUAAAAACUAGUAAAAGUCUUCGACAGAAUCUAGGAAAAAAAUUGGAUAAGGAAACCAAAGUCAGAGAGUGCCAGCUUCAGAUAUUUUUUCGUUUGGAGAUGUGUCUGCAGUGCCCUUUAAUACAAGAGAGUAUAGAUGAUACAGAACAAGUAGUGGAGGAGGUGACAGAACUGCUGCGCAUGGUGUGUUUAACUGAGGAUUCAGCUUACCUAGCAAAAUUUCUGGAGGAAAUUUUGGGAUUGUAUAUUGAGUCCAUGCCAAAGACACUUGGAAGUCUUUACAACAGCCUAGGGUUUGUGAUUCCUCAGAAGCUGGCCACUGCCCUUCCUAUAGAUUUUUUCAGUGAUGACUCCAUCACACAGGAGAGCAAGUCACCAGAUAUUUCUGUGCCUCUUUUAUCAAGUGCUCAUAGAUCAGUGUCAGGUGUCACUGAAUCUGACCAACUAGAGGAGCUUCGUACCAGAUCAGCCAAGAAGCGAAGGAAAAAUGCAUUAAUCAGACAUAAAAGCAUUGCAGAGGUUUCACAGAAUCUUCGACAAAUUGAAAUUCCCAAAGUGUCCAAGAGAGCUCCAAAAAAUGAGAACUCUCACUCUGCUCUGCUGCAGCCUCCACCUGCAGUGAAAGAUACAGUACAAGAAGUGACCAAAGUUCGAAGAAAUCUUUUCAACCAGGAAAUGCUUUCUCCUUCAAAGAGAUCACUAAAGCAGGGGUUGCCUCGAAGCCAUUCUGUGUCAGCUGUGGAGGGUCUAGAGUAUAAAUCUGACAACUUCAAGAGGACCAAAGAUUAUCAUAAACUGCUGACUAAGAGUGUGGCAGAGACUCCAGAACAUAAGCAAAUAUCCAAAAGACUUCUACAUAGACAGAUCAAAGGCAGGUCAUCUGAUCCUGGUCCUGAUAUUGGCAUUGUUGAAGAGUCCCCUGAAAGAGGAGAAAAUGAAUUAAGUUUGAGACGAAGUCCUCGAAUCAAGCAAUUGUUAGUCAGCAGGACAAAUUCUGGUUUCUUCUAUUCUGCAUCUCAGCCAAAAUCUCGAAGUAUUCAGAGAGUUCACUCGUUCCAGCAUGAUAAGUCAGAUCGAAGAGAAAAUUUUCCAGCCCAAAGCAUUCGGUCUCCCAAGACACUUCUCUUUGGUGCAGUGUCUAAGAUGACCAGCCCCUCAGAGAAGGGCUCAGCCCACAUUAAAAGGCCUUCAAGAAACAUGUUGGGUUCUGAGAUAACUACAGCUUAUCAGACUCCCAAGAAGAGUUACUGGAAAUCCCCAAGCUCUUCUAAAGCUACACUAAGAAGGCUCCCUUGUACACCACAGACUCCAAGCUGCACUCCAGAAAGGCUGCUGGAAUCCCCUGCAGAAAUGACACCUGCAAAACAGGCAGUGUUUAAGGAGUCCUUAAAGGACUCUCCUUCAUAUGGCUGUGAUUCACCAUCUGAACUGACAGUAACUCCUCAAAAAGGAUACUCACUGGUGGAAGGACUUGCCUCUCCUCUUGAAAAGAAGGUACCAAGAACUCCCAGAAGGCACGCUGCUCAGCCACCUGAGUUUCUGCAGACUUGUGCUUGGUCACAGUCAGUACGUUCCAAUGCAGAAAGCACCUUAUGUCCAGCAGCCCAGACGACACCUACUGUCCAGACCAGGAGUGGGUGCCUGACUCCUACUAGACACUAUAUUAGAACACCCUCAAAAUCAGCAUCCUUGGGGUUGCUAGGAGAGGUGGACUUUGUGGGCAUACACCAGAACCAAAAGAGUCAAGGUCCCCAGGUCCCUGGAGCUUCUCAGGCAGAGGGACCAGCACAGACACUGAAGGAAAAAUCUGUCAAAACUCCAAAGAGACCAAAAUCUUCACCUAUGAAUUCCUACCCACCUAUUUCUCCAAAGGAACCAUUUAACUCUCCUUCAUGUGAUAUUUCCAAGAAGAGUCCAUUUAGGAAAUCUCUGAUGGACUCUCCUGUCCCUGGAGAACUGGAUUGGAAAGUGCCCCAGCAAUCAUCUCAUGUAGCCACAUCACUCCCAUGUUCUGUUCCCUCAACUCCCCCCAGAAUCUCACAGGUACAUAAAUCUGACACCUUUCCUCCUCCACCCCCUUCUAAAAUUGGAAACCGAUACAGAAAUACCUCUAAUCUUGAAAGAAGCAUCCCAGAGUGCCAGCCUAACACCUUGGGUGUUCCUGUGGUUGGCAAAACUGGCAAACCAGCUGCCAUCACAAAUUCUCAAAAGGACCAAAAGGAAGGGAGCCUCUCUCCUCAGUCUUCUCCAGAAAGACAUAGUUACCCUGGGGCUAGUUUAGGAAGAGGCUGGCAUAUGUCCUCCCCUUUGCUUAUUUCAAGUGACACAGAGUACCUUGUUGAUGAAGAUGAACACCACGGCAGUGAUAACGUGAAAACUAAUAUUUCACUGGAGCAAGGUGAGGCGUUAAGGACGGUGGUUGCUGAUAAACAGCCUUCUCUGUCUCACCCUGGGAUUCCUCCAUCUCCCCCUUCCUCUGGGUCCAGCUCCCCUCUGGCACCUUUGUACAGCUUGUGCUACAUGGCAAACAGAAAGCAGGGCCAGACCGUAGCACAUCAAGAGAAUCUGCAGGCUUCAACUCAGCCUUCCAGAGCCUCUGCCAGCCCACAGACUUACGAGGUUGAGCUGGAGAUGCAAGCUUCAGGCCUCCCCAAGCUUCGAAUUAAAAAGAUAGAGCCCAGCUCUUUGUUAGACACUGAACCUCUAAGGGAGGAUAGCUCUCUAAGAGAGGAGAGCACCUUCCCUGGUCUCAGCUCAGCCAGAGGCAGCAGGCCCUCAGGUAAACCUGACACCAGCUACAUGUCACCCCCCUGCCUCCACUCCUCACACAGCACCCCUGGAAAGAGCUGGGGACAGAGUUACAUCUGCCAGUCCUGCACCCCAACCCGCUGCCCCUCUAGUGCCCCCUCUCCUUUUCAAGCAGAGCUUGGGGUUCCUUGGACACCAUCUCCCAAGCACCAUGGAAAGACACCUCCUGACACGAUUAAAGACUGGCCCAGGAGAAAGAGGGCAGUAGACUGCAGCGGGAGCAGCUCUGCAGGGAGGAACGAAGUCAGUGCAGACCUUCCAGGGAGUGGGACAGGGCUUGAGCCGGAGGGAAAGGAGCAAGGGUUUGAACUCGGUGUCAGUAAAACUCGCAUCCUAGGGGAGUUUGAACUUGAGGGGGUAUGUCAGCUGCCAGAGCAAUCACCUCCGAGGGAGAAUGUGCCUAAGGCUGAAGGCACCUCAUGGGGACAGUGUGGACUGCGCUCCAGGAAGAGACUCCUUUCUAAUAAGGAAGAAGCUGAGUAUUGGGCCAAGAGAAUCUAUGAUAGCCAGAGAGAAGACUCAGAAGCGAAUGGAGAGAAGUCUCCGGGUGCAAGUAUGGGGCAGCUUCCCUCCACAGGGGAUGAGGAGGUCUUUGUUUCAGGCUCCACCCCACCUCCCAGCUGUGCUGUGCGGACCUGCCUCUCUGCUAGUGGUCUUCAAGCACUGACCCAGUCUCCUCUGCUGUUCCAGGGAAGGACAGUUUCCUCUCAGUGUAAAGACACCAAAGAUGAGGAUAUGGAUGUAUUUCCCUCCACUGCAGAAGAAUCUCCUUUCAGCCGUGCAUUCUCAAGGAGACGCCCCAUCAGUAGAACUUACACACGGAAGAAGCUGAUUAGCUAG